AUGUGCCACGGACCUCUUUAUGCCCUCCGCCUGCCACUCUUGAUAUUUCUGCCACGUCUUGGCCUCCCGCGCACACACAAGGUUGUUGUACAUUUGCAGUCCGCAUGGAGCCGACGGGGUAUCUUACUGGUCACGGUUAAAGCUUUCCGAGAACGCCGCGCAGCCGCGCAGCCAGCCGCGUUUGGCCGUGGGUGAGGGGUAGGGUUAGGGUUGGGUUAGAUACAGUAGGUCGGCCACCGUAUGUGACACAUCCCAUGUGUUGAGCGCCUAGGUCCAACAUCCGUUUAGACCGACAGCUGGUCUCAGCGCUCGGCCACCGAGCAACCACUGCUGUUAGUUCCAAAGAGACACCAAACUACAGCAGUACAGCAGUACUGGUCUACUGCUCCGAAGAGUAGGGCGUCACCACACCUAUCCGUCACGCAAUUCAGAUCACUCAUCGAAUCUCCGAAGAAACCAAGCAGAAACUCCCUGUUCCUCCGCGAUCUACCAACUGCAAUCUCCGUAGAUCCAUGUCCCAUACUCAACCACAUUACUAUGCUACGAGUAUAUCUAACAGCCCCCCUGCUCGUAUGCAUCGUAAUGAUACGGCAAGGCAACAUAAAUCCACUUACGAACCAAAACGUCGUUCCUAUUCGUCCGUGACAAACAAUGAACCAAAAACUCGAUUAUGCAAAUAUUCCUGAACCAAAAACGUCUCUUAGCACACUGCAUCCUUCAACUCAGAAAACGCUUUGCUAUUGGUCCAUCUGCUCUCUCUGCAUCUCGUCGCAUUUGUAUUCGCCAUACAUUUCAUCCCUUACGUCUCAAAGGCAUUAAACAACCCAUUCAUGUUAACAUAAUUAUGGAAGAACUCUUCCAUCAUUCUUUUCCAAAACAAUGAUCAAUCCUGGAUAAUCGCCUUCGAAAUACUGCAGAUGCAUACAGUCAUCCCCAAAUCCUACAUGAAUACCAAGACAACAUGAAUUUCGCAAGGGAUAAAAUAUGCAUGUUUGAUGCUUCCGAACACACAGAAUGUACCCAGUUCGCAGAUAAAACGCGACCAGGAACGAAUGCUACUCUCACAAUUCCGAUCAAACAAUAUCCCCAAAACAUUCGGUCAACGUCAAGACAACUUCCGCAGGUGAAACGCGAAUAUUUCUUGAUUGUAACACUCCAGAAACCAAACAUCAGCUUUCCGUUCCUCCUCCUGAAAGGAUAGUGUGCCCCUCUUCUCGGGGGGAUCUGCCCCCCUGAUUUGAGAAGGGGUUGGAGUCAGAAACACAGACCAAAAUAACACAUUCAAAGUCCAUCCAGUCGAAAGCUCAAGAAAAAACAAUAUUUAUGCAAAUCCGAAAAGCUAAUACCAAAACCAAAUCAAAAUCCAUUACCAAACAGUUCCAGUCCGAAAGUUCAGACCAAAUCAAAAACCAAAACCAAAAUCCAAUACCAAAACAAAGACAACAUCAACACAAAAUCCAAUCUAAUACCAAAACAAAACAAUACUCGAAACCCCUACAUUUGCCGGCGCAUCAUCAAGCUCCAGCGCUUAAUAACCCAUUGCCCAAGCCAUUGUUUUCCCCCCCGCGGACAAUUCGCACGCCUCCGCCGCGGUCGCCUUCCGCCAUCUUUUCCGGCUGGCCGCGGCUCGAGCUUCGAUGUUUGCGUCCGCCUGACUUGGGGGAAGAACAAUUGUCGCUCCGAGAGGAUUGACUCGGCAGUGGUGCAGGGCAGGUCGCGCGUUCGGAGGGGAUGAUGGCGGCAGAUUAGUUCCGAACAAACCAGCACUACUGAGGAGAAUCACAAACAUACAAACAUUCCCCCCGGUUCUGCAAAGUAGUGACUGCAUGCAGCAGAAAAAACAAUAAAUGAAACACACGUUCAAGUCGUCGGACCCUACUUGUGGAAUGGUUUGUCUGAAAUUCAUUGCCGAUGCGAUAUCGCCACACCAUAAAUAGCUGAAUAUCAUCCUGAAACGGAGGUUGAUUAGUCCUCUGUUGCAAAAUAGUAAUCAAGCUGCUGCUACUGUUCUAACCAUAGGGUAAUCAAUCCUAAGUCAAAACCUUAACAACUUUUGGAACCGCAAUCUCACAACAAAUAGCAAUCUCAAGACAACGUACAACAAUAUUAGGAAAUCAGCAUUUAUUUCGUCAAUAUUGUGAAUUUUUAAUCUGCAACAAGGUGGAGGUACCAAUGUUGCACUUCGUUGAGACUUGACACGUCUCCGGCACUCGCUGACACAACCAAGACAUGAAAAGUUUUUGAUCAGGUUAAACCUGCUACCCAAAAAGAGUCCAGAUAAAACGUUGAUCACGCAUUUUUGAUCAGGCUAAACCUGCUGCUCAAAAAGUAGCUACCAAAGAGAGCCCAGAUAAAACGUUGAUCACGCUAUUGCCGGGGAGAGAAAGUUGGUCUCAGCACGGCUGUCAGGAUGACAAAGCAAAAACCUCGCCGAUCACUGCAUUUCAUUACGCACAAUACUAUUUCUAAUACCAUGCUACACGCACACAUCAUAUCAUCAGUUUAGAAACUGGCAUCAGUUUUUGAGGAUUACUGGUAACCUGAAUUAAUUGUGUCUACCCGUUAUGCUACAGGUAGUCGGCCUUCUUUGGCCGAGCGUUUGACGGCGGUACCGCGCGACGAUGUCGCGAUUUUGAUUGAGUCUACCGCGUUGGCGUUUGACGGCAGUACCGCACGGCGUAUUGCCGCGU